UCCGUGUGUAUAAGAGAUUAAAUAUGUUAGGACAUAUAUUUUUGUUAGUGAAUGUAUGCGCUUUUGUGAGCUCGAGCGAACCGGAAUGCUCUAGAUUUCACUAUGAAGAGAAAACUCUUGAAAAGAUGAUUAAAACUGAAAUAUAUGUGGACAAAAUAAAAUCGGAGACUGAAAACAUGCAGCAAAAAAUGUCCGAAAAACUUGAUGGAAUCCAAGAAGACUGGGAGAAAACGGAACGUGAAUUAAAAGUGGCCAAAGACGACAAUGAAAAAGCGGUUGAGGAAAUCAAAGCUAAAAUAGAUGGACUGUUGUCAGUAUCAGCUGUGGGGUUUCAGGCACACGAUAUAAUGAAAACUGCGCCGAGGAAUGGUGAGACACUGGUAUUUAGCACAACAACGUUUGACAUAGGUUCCGGUUACAACAAUAAGACUGGGAUAUAUGUUACACCUGUCGCCGGAAUAUACAUGUUCACAUUGCAGCUGUGCAUGGAGCAAAGUAGAUAUUUCUACUUUGAAAUUGUCUCCAGAGUAUCUCCUAUUCUAAAGGGUUGUAUGUAUGACGACGCCGGUAGUACCCGUGGUUGCCAAACAGCUACAGCUGUAGCAGUACUAGGUGCGAAGGAACAUGUCUGGGUAAAAUGCGUAAGAUCUACCAGUGGGGCUGAUAUUAAGAAGGAAUCAGACGUCUGGAAUAGUCUUUCUGGUGUUCUGAUAAGCACAAUCGCCAAAUAGACAAAACAAUUUGAUUUUCCUGUAUAAACAAAGAAGUUCUUGUUAUUUCUCAUAAGUAUCCAGUAGUCAAAUUACUCUGAUAUUUAUCUUAGUAGAAACAGAACUGUAACUUUAUGGAAAACAUGCUGCAAAAUAAAAUUGUCAUAGAUUCUAAACCAUUGUUAUUU